AUGAAUACAAUUCUACGCUCCUUGGAUGUGCAUGUCCCUGUUUACACUCCUCCUAUACGUAAGGAUCUACCUCAGCUUCCGAUGUCCACUACUGUUCCGGCGUCUCACCGGUCAUCACAGCAGGACUCACAAUCAAAACCUCAACUAAAAGCAGCAGAGAUUUGCGGUCAAGACAUGACAGGCUACGUGGCCGAUCCGCAUUCGUGCCAGUAUUUCUACAUUUGUAAUCAGGUCCAUGUCUUCAGGUACCGAUGUCACGCUCAGACAUUAUGGGAUGACGUGAAGAAGAAAUGUGAAUGGAAAUGGAAGGUCCAGUGCAAAAGCAGUCAGCCGUCCCAGAAGUCAUUGGCACCCGGCAGAGAUGCUUUCAUUUCACCCAGAACAGGACAAGUCGCUCUGUCCACACACUCUACAGGUAAUAGUUCCAGCUACUGUACCAAUCGGAAUGAUGGCACGUACAAAGAUCCCAGUGGUUGUAAUGGUUUUUUGCAGUGCAGUGGAGGCCUGACUUAUCCCCACCUCUGUCCAUCUGGCACUGUUUUUGAUGAAGUUCACAAAUACUGCGAUUUCAGACAAAACGUACCCGGAUGUUGA